CAAAGUAAAACCCCUCCUCCUCCAGCUCAAAACCCAACAACGGUCACUCUUCCCCAUCGACCAACCAACCAGCCACACUUUCCUAGACCUUCCAUUGCCACUUCUUCUUCCCAAAACGCCAAAAAGGACCCGCACAGCAACGCUCAAAUCACCACGCGCACGCGCGCCAUUUCCCGUCUCGAUCGUCGGGUGCGGAGCUGAACCCGGCCGCCGGCCGAGGAAGGGUGCGGCAACAUCGACACGGUACAACAAGGGCGCGCUCGUUAGAUCUGACACGCGCGGCCGCUGCUGGUGUGCUCGGUGGGAUGGGGAGAGCAGAGGAGGAGAGAGGGGCCGCUGGCGCCGGGAGCGAGGCCUUCACGGACUCGGCCGACGGGAGCAGCUCCAGCUCCGACGCCGCCUCCACCGACGACUACUGGCCCGCCCCCGCCGUCGCGCUCGCGCCCAAGAAGACGCCGGCCUUCUGCGUCCCCGACUCCGAGCUGGCAGCCAAGCAGCAGAGGCGCAGAGCUGCCCCAGAGAUGGAGAUGAUGAAGGAGCGGUUCGCGAAGCUGCUGCUCGGCGAGGACAUGUCAGGGAGCGGCAACGGCGUCUGCACGGCGCUCGCCGUCUCUAACGCCAUCACCAACCUCUGCGCUACGAUCUUCGGCCAGCUGUGGAGGCUGGAGCCGCUCGCGCCGGAGAAGAAGGCCAUGUGGCGGCGGGAGAUGGAGUGGCUGCUCUGCGUCAGCGACCACAUCGUCGAGCUCGUCCCCUCCUGGCAGUCGUUCCCCGACGGAGCCAGGCUCGAGAUCAUGACAAGCAGGCCACGGUCCGAUCUGUACAUCAAUUUGCCAGCACUUCGGAAGCUAGACCAUAUGCUCCUUGAAAUCCUGGACAGCUUCAGAGACCCUGAAUUCUGGUAUGUCGACCAAGGGAUUUGCGCGCCGGACUGCGAUGGCUCCGCCUCGUUUCGAGCAGCUUUCCACCGCCGUGAUGACAAAUGGUGGCUACCGGUGCCUCGUGUGCCACCCGGGGGCCUCCGUGUCAAGACGAGGACGCAAUUGCAGCACAAGCGCGACUGCGCAAGUCAAAUCCUGAAGGCUGCCAUGGCGAUCAACAGCAAUGCUUUAGCCGAGAUGGAUGUCCCUGAAUCGUACCUCGAUACCCUGCCAAAGAAUGGAAGAGCAACUUUGGGCGACGUCAUAUACCGCUACAUAACAUCCGAUCACUUCUCCCCGGAGUGCCUUCUCGACAGCCUGGACCUUUCGACGGAGUACCAAGCACUGGAAAUUGCCAGCCGCGUCGAGGCAUCAGUCUACGUGUGGCGCCGGAGGGUUACUGCAAAACCGGUGAAUAGCUUAGGCCGUACCGUCAGCGCGAGAUCAUCUUGGGGCAUGGUGAAGGACAUGAUGAUAGACACGGAGAAAAGGGAGCUGCUCGCCGAGCGAGCAGAGGGCCUGCUGAUAUGUCUGAAGCAGAGGUUUCCUGCUCUGACGCAGACAAGCCUGGACAUGAGCAAAAUUCAGUACAACAAGGAUGUGGGCAAAUCAAUCCUGGAGAGCUACUCAAGGGUUCUGGAGAGUCUGGCUUCCAACAUUGUUGCGCGCAUUGAUGAUCUGCUUAACAUCGAUGAGCUGAACAGACACUCGGAGCAUUUGUCAACAGGUGAUGCAGAUCUCAAGAUUGCUUGCAGCAAGGCCGUGGUUCCACCCUACCAACAAGUGCCUGCCUCGGGCACACCAUUCGUGACAGCGUACGCCACUCCUAGCUUCUCGCCAGGGCAACUAUCGAGCCCGUCUAAGAAGGACAGGACCUCGCUUGCUGCCGGCAGACGAUCUCACGGCAGCAACAGGCCUGCUGCAGCAAAGAGAGCCUUGACAGAUCAUCUUGGCCCAGAGGUCAAGGGGAUGAUAAUCGUGAACCGUAGUACGAUGAUCGAUGUCUCAACGACUACUGAUCUGUAAAGCUAGGUUUGUAGGCUGCCCGUAAAGUUGCCCAUGACUACUGUACCCUGUGAAUAGCUAUGUCGUGUAUGUGUGUGCUCACGUUCUCACUGUAUUUUGAACUAUUAGUGCUAAGCUAUGUACCGCUUCUUCUUUUUGCGAGAAAAGUGAGAAAAAAAGAAGUAUGUGUGUUGCUGUUUGCACUUUGCAGACCUGGUGAUCAAAUAAAUUACAGCUGAGAGUUCGGUUAGCUUGCUAAA